GCGGCGGCCCUGGAAGCGCCGGUGGAUGGGCGCGCGGGCGGGCGGCUGGCGCAACGGUGCACGUGAGGCGCCGCGAUGAAGUUCGCGUAUCGGUUUUCAAAUUUGCUGGGUACAGUUUAUCGACGUGGAAAUUUAAAUUUUACAUGCGAUGGAAAUUCAGUUAUCAGUCCUGUGGGCAAUAGAGUCACUGUGUUUGACCUUAAAAACAACAAAUCUGACACGCUGCCCCUGGCCACUCAGUACAAUGUCAAAUGUGUGGGGCUGUCUCCAGAUGGCCGCCUUGCCAUCAUCGUGGAUGAAGGGGGCGUUGCGCUGCUGGUCAGCUUGGUCUGCAGGUCGGUGCUGCACCGCUUCCACUUCAAGGGCUCUGUGCACAGUGUCUCCUUCUCCCCGGAUGGCAGGAAAUUUGUCAUCACAAAGGGCAACAUUGCUCAGAUGUACCAUGCCCCUGGUAAGAAGCGAGAAUUCAACGCCUUUGUCCUGGACAAAACUUACUUUGGGCCGUAUGAUGAGACCACAUGCAUUGAUUGGACCGACGACUCCAGGUGCUUUGUGGUCGGCAGCAAAGAUAUGUCCACCUGGGUGUUUGGAGCCGAGCGCUGGGACAACCUCAUCUACUACGCACUGGGAGGACACAAAGAUGCCAUCGUGGCCUGCUUCUUUGAAUCCAACAGUCUGGACCUGUACUCGCUCAGCCAGGACGGAGCCCUGUGUGUGUGGCAAUGUGACACGCCCCCCGAGGGCCUGAGGCUGAAAGCCCCCUCGGGCUGGAAGGCGGACCUGCUGCAGCAGGAGGAGGAUGAGGACAAUGAUGAAGAAGACAGGGAGAGCACCAUCCGUGGGAAAACUGCGCCAGCUGGGGAGGAGAAGAGAGGGAAAGUGACGUAUUCGCGGCUGGCCAAGUACUUCUUCAAUAAAGAAGGAGAUUUUAACAACCUGACAGCUGCAGCGUAUCACAAGAAGACUCGCCUCUUAGUCACUGGUUUUGCUUCUGGAACUUUCCAUCUUCAUGAGCUCCCGGAGUUCAAUCUCAUCCACUCCCUGAGCAUCUCAGACCAAAAGAUUGCCUCUGUCGCCAUCAACAGCUCCGGGGACUGGAUCGCCUUUGGCUGCUCAGGCCUGGGCCAGCUGCUGGUGUGGGAGUGGCAGAGCGAGUCCUACGUGCUCAAGCAGCAGGGCCACUUCAACAGCAUGGUGGCUCUGGCCUACUCUCCUGAUGGGCAGUACAUUGUGACCGGGGGUGAUGACGGCAAGGUCAAGGUGUGGAACACCCUCAGUGGCUUCUGCUUCGUCACCUUCACAGAGCACUCCAGUGGGGUCACCGGUGUGACCUUUACUGCCACUGGCUAUGUCAUCGUGACCUCCUCCAUGGACGGGACUGUGCGAGCCUUUGACCUUCACAGGUACCGAAACUUCCGCACCUUCACGUCUCCACGCCCCACCCAGUUCUCCUGCGUGGCUGUGGAUUCAAGUGGGGAGAUCAUCUCUGCUGGGGCCCAGGAUUCCUUUGAGAUCUUUGUGUGGUCCAUGCAGACAGGCAGGCUCCUGGACGUGCUGUCCGGCCACGAGGGGCCUAUCAGUGGUCUGUGUUUCAACCCGAUGAAGUCCAUCCUGGCCAGUGCCUCCUGGGACAAGACAGUGCGCCUGUGGGACAUGUUUGAUAGCUGGAGGACCAAAGAGACACUGGCCCUGACCUCUGAUGCUCUGGCUGUGACUUUUCGCCCUGAUGGUGCAGAGCUGGCAGUAGCCACGCUGAACUCGCAGAUCACCUUCUGGGACCCUGAGAAUGCCGUGCAGACAGGCUCUAUCGAGGGCAGGCAUGACCUCAAGACGGGCAGGAAGGAGCUGGACAAGAUCACAGCCAAACACUCAGCCAAAGGGAAGGCCUUCACCACUCUGUGCUACUCUGCGGAUGGCCACAGUGUCCUUGCAGGAGGCAUGUCCAGGUUCGUGUGCAUUUAUCACGUCAGGGAGCAGAUUCUCAUGAAGAAGUUCGAGAUCUCCUGCAACCUCUCUCUGGAUGCCAUGGAGGAAUUUUUGAACAGGAGAAAAAUGACAGAGUUUGGCAACUUGGCACUGAUUGAUCAAGAUGCUGGGGAGGAUAAUGGAGUCGCCAUACCACUGCCAGGUGUAAAGAAAGGUGACAUGAGUUCUCGGCACUUUAAACCUGAAAUCAGGGUGACUUCACUUCGCUUCUCUCCUACCGGACGCUGCUGGGCAGCAACCACCACCGAGGGGCUCCUCAUCUACUCGCUGGAUGCCCACAUGCUCUUCGACCCGUUUGAGCUGGACACCAGCAUCACCCCCGGGCGGAUUCGUGAGGCACUGCACCAGCAGGAGUUCACCAGGGCCAUCCUCAUGGCCUUCCGGCUCAACGAGAGGAAGCUGGUGCAGGAGGCCCUGGAGUCGGUGCCCAGGGACGAGAUUGAAGUUGUCAGCUCCUCUCUUCCUGAGUUGUAUGUAGAGAAAGCGCUUGAGUUUCUAGCUUCUUCCUUUGAGGUGUCUCGUCAUCUAGAAUUCUAUCUUAUUUGGACUCAGAAACUGCUCCUGUUGCACGGACAGAAGUUAAAGUCCAGAGCAGGGAAGCUGCUGCCUGUGGUUCAUUUUCUCCAGAAGAGUAUCCAGAGGCACCUAGAUGACGUUUCUAAGCUCUGUGACUGGAACCGCUAUAACAUUCAGUACGCUCUGGCAGUCUCCAAGCAGCGGGGCAUGAAGCGCCCUUUGGAACCACCAGGAAGUGAGGCGGAAGCGGGAGCAUCUGACGAUGACAGUCUGCACCUGCUCAGACCAGCGGCUGGAGAUGGAGGAGGAGAAGGGAUGCUGGAGUAGGGCCGCCACGGUUGCAAUACCGGAUUGUUUGGGUUAAGACCCGCAGAAGAGAUGAAACCAUUGUGCCUUCCGGGCCAGGAAGCAGGAGGCAAUGCAGAGAGCAGCUGAGAUACCGUUGCUGGUGACCUGUUUCCCAUAAGAGUCAAACACGCAGCCACCAGGAUAGCUGUUGGUUGGUGCUGGGUUGCACAAACUUGGCACUCAGGGCCCUGGAACCGGGCGGUGUGAAUAACAAUGAAUGUUGAAACAU